UGAGUGGCCUUGACGACACAGAGCUGGUCAGACCGUUAAGUGGCCUAACUAAAAAAAACUAUAUAUAUUAUGAAUCAUUGGCUGAGAACACCUACGUACAGUAUACAUUUUGGGAGAGAUUGCUUGGAUGGGUCGACCACCAUAUACUGCAGAUUGUCAUAGGCUGCUGUUGUACCGUACGUCUAUGCAUCACGCAUUUGUAACCUCUUUGUGCUGCACAGUGACCCCAACGUGUACGAAUGUCUGAACAACAUCAUCCCAGCUUUAACGCUCACCAGUGGAUACAGGCCUGGCAGAAUGUGCAAAAAUAAACCUGCAAGCAAGUGCAGUCAUGGCGGGAUAAACGAUGUGUGGCAGAACGAGACUGCGACGGGUGGCAUCAACAAGGAGACUCUGGAGCCAGAGCUCUCUCCGCACCACUACCAUCACGACGAAGCGGGGCAGGUGGCCAUGAUCGCCACGCGAGACGCCCUCGUCAACUCCGCGGGCAGCGUGCUGGAGGAGCUGGGUGAAGAGCUCUUCAUGCAGCUGUUCAACCUUGAGCGGCACUCACUCGUCUACGUGGUGGACGUGACGGGCAGCAUGGGCGAUGACAUCGCUUUGGUGCGCGACAAGACCAAGGAGAUGGUGCUGAAAGUGGCCAACAAAACGGAGGCCCCCGAGACAUAUGUGCUCGUCACCUUCAGUGACCCCGAGGUUUACGAACCAUUUAUCACCAAGGACUGGACAGAGAUGUACCAGGCACUGGACUCUCUGGAAGUUGCUGGUGGCGGAGACUGCCCUGAGAUGGCGCUCUCAGCCCUGGAGCUUGCGUUGCAGAUCUCGCAGCCUGGGUCGGAUAUUUACCUGUUCACGGAUGCGGGAGCAAAGGACGAGGCGGACAAGAAGGAUGCAGUGAAGGCGCUGUUUGAGAGCACAGAUUCCCGGUUGCAUGUGUUCAACACGGGAUCCUACUGUAUGGCCCGAACACAGCGAGACCUCUACUCACGCGCCAGCGAGCCACGUCAAAAUAUAUACGAGACCCUGGCAGCGCUGUCGGGUGGCCAGUAUAUCCUGACGAGCAAGGGCGAGCUGGCCGACGUGCUGGGCAGCUUGGAGCUGAGCCUCAACGCGGCACCCGUCUCUGUGCGUUACGUGGAGGUCACGACCCCGGACUCUGUGACCUUCCCCGUGGACUCGUCGCUGUCCGAAAUCGUCGUGUCUGUGAGCGGCCCGGCCUUCUUCACUGUGGAGCUGUUACUUCCCUCAGGUGAUCUCGCCACCGACGUGGAGGAGCUCGUGUCCUCCAGCCAGAACGUCGUGCGCAGGGUAACCACAGUGACCCCAGGCACCUGGACGGUCAAAGUCACGGGGUCGCCGGGGCCUCACCUGGUGAAGGUGACCGGGCGGAGCCUGGUCGACUUCACUGCUCAGCUGCUGCAGCGGAUGAACGGGUUCAUGCUGCCGAUUCCGGGGCGCCCCGUCACGGGUGAGCCGUAUCAGCUGUGGGUGAAGCCGAUGGGCAGCGUGGCUGGUUUCUCCAUGUCCAGUGUCCGUCUGCUCUCCGGCAUGGGCAACUUCGAGUACCUGGUCUCACCCACCGAGUCCGAGUUCGGGGUCCCCUUGCAAUUCAAUGACCCCAUGGCGUUCAUGGUGGAGGUGUGCGGCUCAUCUCCGGAGGGCCUCCCGUUCUGCCGCAUGCACACGCAGCGCACGACCGUGCAGAGCUUCCAUCUUGCCCAGCUCAACUUCGAGGAAGCCACGUUGGAGCCCGGUGUGGAGGUGUCCCUCUCUGUGGUCCUGGAGAACCGCGGCGUCGCGGCGUCAUCCUUCUCAGUGUCAGCGCGUGACGAGCUGGGCUGGGCGAGUGCCGUGAGCCCCAGCAGCACCAUGCUGGCACCGGGGGAGAGCGCCACACUCAUCGUUACCGUGGCGGCGCCGCAGCACAUCACCGAGUUCAGCAGCAGCAUGCUGCGCGUCACUGCCGAGAGCUUGGAUUCUCCGGACUCCUCCUACACCCUCAGCUUUCCCCUGAGCGUCUUCAUCGCGCCAGUGGAGAUCCCGGACACGUCCCCCCCUGCGGUGCGAGAGCUGGCGCGGAAUGUGUCGGCGUGCACGGCGGAGGUGCAGCACGGGGGUGAGGCACUGUGUUCGGCGAGCGGCUGGAGCGUCGACGUCGAGGCCAUCGACGCCGAGAUGGAGGGACCCCUCACUGUGAACAUCGCUCUUGGGGACAGAAAUGCGCUGCUAACCGUGGACAGCAUCGGCGGAGUCGACAAGAUUAAUUAUAGGUCCUCGUGCUGCAGCCCAUGGGUGACGCUGGACGUGAGUGAUUUAAUGGGGAACCUGGAGCGCUACUCUCUCGACUUCACCGAGCCAAUGCCGACACAGGACACCACGGCGGCGCUGGUGAUCGCCUUGUCGGUGGUGAGCGUGGUGCUGGUCGUCAUACUCAUCGCGCUGGGAGUGGUCAUCGGACGAUACUGCUGCCGCUCCAAGCGGGCGGUGCAGCAGGUUGCUACGCCCAGCAUCAUCACCAACCCCUGGGCCAAGCCCAUGCAGCGCCCUGAUAUGAAAUAGCAACACUCAGCACAAUCUACACACACCGCAAUCUACACUCAGCACAGUCAGCCUACAUCGAGCAAACCCCCCCACCCCCUUUCUCGGCGAGUUAUUUUGCUCCUAAUGUCUCCCAUGCUCUGAAAUCGCCGUGAUUUUGAAUAAAGGAUUUGAGAAGUUGUGCUGCGGUGGUGUGGUGGAUGGCUGUUGUUGCUACGCACCUCACACAAACACACCAAUCUCACACACUCCUAUCUUGUACUCACACGGAUACAUACCCCUAUCACCUCCGA